AUGGUCAGUUCUACAGGAUGGACACCUUUUGUAACCUCCUAUAUUGAAGAGACCGAUUACAUCGAGAUUCUCGGUAACUUCACGAACUGGACAACAGAAAGUCAAUGUUGCCCAGUCAAUAUUUCCGUCAACAUUAGUUUGGCUCCGAGUUUUAGUUUGGAAAUUCCAUGGAUAGUUUGCAUUUCCCUGCUUCUGUCUGUUUUGAUCUUGACCACUGUUCUUGGGAACGUUUUAGUGAUCGCCGCAAUUCUAACGGAAAAGAAUCUUCAAACUGAGGGUAAUUAUCUCGUGCUCUCCCUAGCCCUGACCGAUUUAACAGUUGCCAGUUUAGUCAUGCCACUAGGUGCUGUGUACGAGGUUAAGCAAGAAUGGAUAUUUGGUGUCGUUCUGUGUGACGUAUGGACGUCAUGUGAUGUCUUAUGCUGUACAGCUUCAAUACUUCACCUCCUCGCUAUCGCUGUAGAUCGCUAUUGGGCUGUCACAAAUGUGGAUUAUAUCCACAAAAGAAGUAUCCGCCAUAUUGGAAUCAUGAUACUUCUUGUAUGGACUGUAUCCGGUAUUGUGUCGCUUGGACCUGUUCUUGGCUGGAGAGAUCCGGAAUAUAAUGAACGUAUUCUGGCACACAAAAUCUGUCUAGUAAGUCAGGACAUAGGUUACCAAAUUUUUGCCACAUUCGCCUCCUUCUACAUUCCACUAGUGCUAGUCCUUUGUCUCUACUGGCGAAUAUAUCUGGAAGCUCGGAAGAGAAUUCGGAGAAGGAGUGGCUAUCGCUCAUUUCAAAGACUUUCUGUGCCCCCUCCAGUAUCUUCCAUGACGGAAAUGACAACGUUUAUGACGAACUCAUCAAGUAACCCGAGCUUUGAAACGACUUUUAGAAACGGAUACAUGGCAACACAUGACGAUUUCCAUCAAAUACACACCCGUUCUGAUAGGAAGAAGACAAAAUAUCCAAAACAUUCAGCGGCAGAGUCCAACAGAGAAAGAAGGGCAGCCAAAACAUUAGCAAUUAUUACUGGAGUCUUUGUCGUUUGUUGGCUGCCGUUUUUUAUAACAGUUUUAGUCCUACCAAUAUGCAGUGAUUGCAGUCUGCCAGCUUACUUGUUUAGCCUUUUUGUAUGGCUUGGAUAUUCAAAUUCGAUGUUAAAUCCUAUUAUCUACACUGUAUUUAGUCCCGAUUUUCGGAGUGCCUUCAGAAGAAUGAUGUUUCAUUCCAAAAAAUAA